AUGCUAAGCGAUUCCGAAGCCGCCGAGCUGCUGUCUUUCCUGACUCCUUCGACGCGGCCAGAUGUCAAAGGUCACACCACCGGCUACAUCCUGGGCUUGUCGGGAAACAGAGAUGGCUGCCGCUUUCUCCGCGCCAAACCAGACUUUAUCACCGCUCUUUUCGCUCUGACGUCCGACCCGUCUAUCGCCAUCGCGAAGGACUGCUACCACAUCUUCAUCAACCUGUCGGCCGAAGAGACUCUGCACCAGGUGCUAGUGAAAGACAUCGGCAUAAUCCCCACACUACUUAAAAACCUGAAGGAUCAGCAGUACCCGUUUUCUGACCAGAUCUGCACCAUUCUGUCAAACUUGACGCGCCACGAGAAGACAUGCAAGACGAUCUUUCAGUUCCUCCAGGAAGAGUUAGGCCUGGCUCAGCUGGUAGACAUCUUGUGUACAGAAAGCUACAACCCUCAUGCCAAACUGCAAUACUUGGCUCCCCUGCUGUCCAACCUGACGCAGCUUCCUGACGCCAGACGCUUCAUUAUGGACAAAGACAGGUGUGUGAUCCAGCGUUUGCUGCCGUUCACGCAGUAUGAGGCUUCGGCGGUGAGGCGAGGCGGAGUCAUCGGCGUCCUGCGCAACUGCUGCUUCGACUCCGCCAAUCACGAGUGGUUGCUGGGCGACCAAGUGGACAUUCUGCCCUUCUUGUUGCUCCCGCUGGCCGGCCCGGAAGAACUGAGCGAGGAGGACAAUGAGGCUCUGCCGGUGGACCUCCAGUACUUGCCAGAGGACAAGAAGAGAGAAGAGGACCCCGAUAUCAGGAAGAUGCUCCUGGAGACGCUCAUGUUGCUGACGGCGACCAAAGAUGGCCGACGGACUCUGAAAGACAAGAACGUAUACGUCAUCAUGAGGGAGUUCCACCGCUGGGAGAAAGAGCCCAAAGUCAGCAGCGCAUGUGAAAAACUGAUCCAGGUGCUGAUCGGUGACGAGCCGGAACUGGGCAUGGAGAACCUUUUGGAGGUGAACAUUCCGGAAGAUGUGGAAGAGAAGCUGAAGGAGGCCGACGUGGAGGAGCAGCGAGAGCUGGAGGCCCAAGAGGAGAGGAGACAAAAACAAGAAGAAGAGGAGCAGACAGACAUCAGGCAGGAAUAA